AUUCUUUGCUCUCAAUUAAACAUUUGCAUAACCCAUUGUACUUAAUUUUGUAGCCAGAGAAAUUAAAUGGGUCGUCUAAAUCUUCUUAUGUCAGUAUUAUUAUCAAUUUUUUCAGUUAGUAUUGUGUUGUUGCCUAACUUGGCAUCUGCACAAUUAAAGACGAAUUAUUACGCGAAUAGUUGUCCUAAUGUUGAAUCCAUUGUUAGAAAUGUUGUUAACCAGAAAUUCAAACAAACUUUUGUCACUGUCCCUGCUGUUCUCCGUCUCUUCUUCCAUGAUUGCUUUGUUGAGGGAUGUGAUGCUUCAGUGAUUGUAUCAUCAACACCAGGGAACACAGCUGAGAAGGAUCAUUCAGAUAAUCUAUCAUUGGCAGGAGAUGGAUUUGAUACUGUGAUUAAAGCUAAAGCCGCUGUUGAUUCAAAUUCGCGUUGUAAAAAUAAAGUCUCUUGUGCUGACAUUCUUGCUUUAGCUACCAGAGACGUCAUUCAGCUGUCUGGGGGACCAUGGUACCCAGUGGAAUUAGGACGGCUUGAUGGGUUCACGUCAAAAGCAUCGAAUGUAGAAGGAAAGCUGCCAAAACCAACAUUCAAUCUCAAUCAACUCAAUUCUAUGUUUGCCUCUCAUGGUCUAACUCAGGCGGACAUGAUCGCCCUUUCUGCGGCCCAUUCUGUUGGAUUUUCUCAUUGUGGCAAGUUUUCCAACCGGAUCUACAACUUCAGCCCUCAAAAUUUAAUAGACCCAACUCUGAACAAGCAAUAUGCAGCUCAAUUACAAGGGAUGUGUCCAAGGAAUGUUGACCCAAGGAUAGCCAUUGACAUGGAUCCCAAAACUCCAAGGACAUUUGACAAUAAUUACUACAAAAAUUUACAACAAGGUAUGGGCCUAUUCACAUCAGAUCAGGUGCUGUAUACAGACAAAAGGUCCAAGGGAACUGUGGACCUUUGGGCCAGUAACUCAAAAUCAUUCCAAAAUGCUUUUACAACUGCAAUGACAAAACUGGGCCGAGUUGGUGUGAAGACAGGGAGGAACGGAAAUAUUCGGUUUGAUUGUGGAAGAAUGAACUGAAGGGACAUUUUGCACAAAUGGCCACUAUUUAGCUUAAUGGAUUAAAUUUGUCGACUAAAAUAAAAUAAAUUAUUUAAUUACUUUUAAAGGCAAAAAUUAGUUCAUUGAGUGUUAUCAAGGAUAUAAUUUUAUUUAUAUUUUUAUUUGUGGGAAGGUGAGUCCUGAAUAAGGGGACUAGACUUGAACCUUCUAAUGUUUAUAUGAAAAAUAACAGUCCUAUUGUGGGAUGUGUAAUUGUUGAAUAAAAACUAUGUGUGAAAUCCAUUUUUCAUA